ACCAGCAGGAGCAAGACGCAUUGUGUGAUGAGGAAGAGCUCGUGUUCCACGUCGGCCGAGCGCCCAAGGGGCAGAGGACCGACUGGGUCAUGCACGAGUUUCGGCUCGAGGAGGAUGAUCGGAGCUACAAAGGCACUAGAGGCACUUCCUUCGUUGUGUGCAGGGUGUUCAAGAAGAACGUUGUUGGGAACAAGAAUGCAGAUGAGCGUUUGGCACCGUUAAUGGAGGAGCGGAGGGAUGAGGAGGAUCGGGAUCAGACUCCCACGGCUGAGCGGGAGGGUGGGCAUGCCAAUGACUUUGAACAGGGAACAACAGAGGCAGUGCACGGCACUGAUUUAUCAACAAUCAGCUGUGAGGCUUCAUCCUUGAACUUGAAUCCUCCAUCAGAUGGCCUUUUAGCUCCGGGGUUUAGAUUCCACCCAACUGACGAGGAGCUUGUCAGCUAUUACUUGAAGCGCAAAGUGGCGGGCCUCCCCCUACAUGUGGAUGCGAUUGGUGAGAUUGAUCUCUAUAAGUGGGACCCAUGGGACCUUCCCCCUCGAUCUCGCCUCAACCUGAGUAUGCUCAGCACAGAGUGGUUCUUCUUCUGCACUCUUGACCGCAAGUACAAUCGCUCCUCCCAUCAAAACAAUCGAGCAACUGCUAAAGGCUUCUGGAAGUCCACUGGUAUUGACCGCAGCGUCCGUCAUCGUACAUCAGAAAAGAUCAUCGGUAUGAAGAAAACCUUGGUAUUUCACACCGGUAGGGCUCCAGGUGGCCAGAGGACUAACUGGGUAAUGCACGAAUAUCGCUUGGAAGAUAAUGAACAAAACACUAAAGGCUCUUCAUUUGUUGUUUGCAGGAUAUUCCAUAAGAGUGGUGCUGGUCCGAGGAAGCCACUGGCUCUGUAUGGGACAGAACCUUUUGUGGAGUUGGAGGAGACUGCUCAAGAUUUGGGUCCUGCCAGGAAAUAUUUACAAGUACCAGAUGUCAAUGUUGAUACUGUUCCUUCUGUGGUCGUAGCUGAUGUUGUAGACAAGAACUGUGAACACGCCUUAAAAAAUUCUGAGCAGGUUACAACAGCGAGGACGUAUGACAUAGGUAGUAAAGUAGAAAUUGCCUAUAUCCGUGACAAACUUCCUGUUGCUUGGUACAUGGCAACUGUCAUUAAAGUAAUUGAUGAAAGGGUUUUAUUGGUCGAAUAUGAAAACUUGAAAAGUGAAGACGACACUUUGCUGAGUGAAAUUGUUUCUGCCCAAUACAUUAGGCCACACCCUCCUCCAACAGCGGAGGCUAGAAACUUUCACCUCCUUGAUGAAGUUGAAGCAUUCUAUAAUGGCGGCUGGUGGCCUGGUGUGGUUGCUAAGGUUAUUGCUGAUUCAAGGUACAAUGUGAAGUUCAUGCACUGGGAGGAGGAAAUAGAAUUUAAUCAUACAGAGUUGAGGCUUCUCUAUGACUGGGUUGAUGGACGAUGGAUUCAGGCGUCACAGGACAAACCCAUAGAAUCACAAGAUCUUGGUGGAGGAAAGUCAAUUGGUCACACGCAAUCGUUACAUGAAUGUAAUUCCGCUCCUACUUGUGGCUUUCCUGGUUCGUCUACCCCUUCCAGUGGCAUGAGGGAUGAAGCUCCUUCAAUGACAAAUGAGAAUGAAAACUUGGCCAGAUUGACUUUUGAGAGUCAGCAGGACAUUUUUCAACCCUGCAAGAAAGCAAAGAAAGGAGAGACGAGUGACAAUAAUACACAACUAUUGGAUUUAAGAGGCAAUGAAAAUUCUAGUGCAGUCAAGAUGGGAUUUGAUAUUCGAACCCCAAUCGUAGAAGAGGAACCUAAUAUUCGCACGCCAAUGGUAGAAGAGGAACCCAAUAUUCGCAUUAAGGCUUUGGUUGAAAAGGGCUGCUUUAGUAGCCCAUCGAAGAAGAAUGAUGUAGUUAGUGCAGACUCUAUAACUAUGUCAGGAGAGAUCAAUGAGGAUCCUCCAGUAUCUGAUAAGUUAAGUCAAGAAUUAGUUUCGGUUCAUAAACCUCUUAGCUCGAACGGGGAGGAAUCUCAUGAGGGUAGAUCUGGAAAGAAUGAAUUUCUACAAAUGGGACAGGAAAGUGGUGCU